AUGGAAAAUCUUAUUCCGAAAGGGUAUCGCUCAAUCCAGGAUUUCAUGCUCCAUUAUCAUCAAAAUAAUAGUGUUUCUUGUCACACAGACUAUCCCAAUGCCCCAGAAGAGGUCAUUCCGAAUACAGAAAAUCCACCAAGAUUAGUAGGACAAAAGAUUAUAGAAUCGGAAGGAUCCAGAAGAAAUUAUUAUGAGUCUGCUUCUAAAUCCAGUAUCCAUCCAGAUGAUUUGCCAGAUCCUUCUGACUUUUAA